CAAACUUCCAGCGGCUGAAGAUUUGUGCGCAACCUUUGAAGGAUCCAACUCGUCAAGACCAGGGGAUAAAACCAUGGGAUCUCCUCUCAGUAGAGCCAAGAGGAGUCUUAUACACUAAUAAAACAGGUGUCUGUGAUGAUGUUGCCAUGUGCCAGCUGCCAUCUGCUCUUAUCCUCCUUUAUUCAGGACUGAUGUCCAGAUGGUGUGCCCUUCCAUGUGUGGUCCAGUUCAGCGCUCCCUGACCGUUUCAUGGGCCACAAACCGACCUAAGCACCCACGGCCUCAGCUUGACUCAACCCCACCGCGCACCACCCUUAACCCCUCACCCUUAACCUUCUCCUUCAGGCCACCACCUCCUGCUUUCUCACUCUGUGUCACGCCUCUCCUCACAUUUUGACAAUCCUAGCCCGCUUUGAGCCCAACAUGGUGGCCUGCAUCCCUGCUCUAAUUUUGGUCGUGAUGAUUCGGGGCGUCUUGCUUUCUGUCGGUGACCCGCCUUCGUCCCGCCGGGAGAUCCGCAUCGAGGGAGAUCUGGUGCUCGGCGGUCUGUUCCCUGUGCAUGAGAAAGGUGCUGGGAUGGAGGAGUGUGGGCGUGUAAAUGAAGACCGAGGGAUCCAGAGACUGGAGGCCAUGCUGUUUGCCAUUGACAAAAUCAAUAAAGACACAUAUUUGUUGCCUGGGAUAUCUCUCGGGGUUCACAUCCUGGACACUUGCUCCAGAGAUACCUAUGCACUCGAGCAGGCUCUGGAGUUUGUAAGAGCCUCCCUCACAAAGGUGGAUGACACUGAGUUCAUCUGUCCAGACGGAUCUUACGCUCUGCAGGACGACAGCCCACUCGCCAUCGCUGCAGUCAUUGGUGGAUCCUUUAGCAGCGUUUCAAUACAGGUUGCCAAUCUCCUCAGGCUGUUUCAGAUUCCUCAGAUAAGCUACGCCUCGACCAGUGCCAAGCUCAGUGAUAAGACUCGCUAUGAUUACUUUGCCCGCACGGUGCCCCCUGACUUCUACCAGGCCAAAGCCAUGGCCGAGAUCCUUCGCUUCUUCAACUGGACAUACGUGUCCACUGUGGCAUCAGAGGGUGAUUACGGUGAAACUGGUAUAGAGGCCUUUGAACAAGAGGCUCGCAUGAGGAACAUUUGCAUCGCCACUUCAGAGAAGGUGGGGCGUUCUAACGCUAAGAAGUCCUAUGAAGCUGUGAUCCGACAGCUACUCCAGAAGCCAAAUGCCCGUGUUGCCGUCCUCUUCCUGCGUAGUGACGAUGCCAGAGAGCUGCUGGCAGCUGCUGCCAGGCUUAACACCUCCUUCAUCUGGGUGGCCAGUGAUGGCUGGGGUGCCCAGGAAAGCAUUGUCAAGGGAAAUGAGGUCACUGCUGAAGGAGCCAUCACACUUGAACUGGCAGCCAAUCCUGUGCCAGAAUUCAACCGCUACUUUCUGAGUCUGAACCCUGUCAAAAACCUUCGUAAUCCCUGGUACAGGGAAUUCUGGGAGCAGCGGUUCCAGUGCUCCUUGGGUGGUGUAGCAGCAGGAGGAGGGGGGGGAAAUCUUGGACUUGGAGGGACACCUCUCCCGCCGUGUGACGUGGACUUGUCAAUGGACAAGAGUAACUUUGAGCCAGAGUCCAAGAUCAUGUUUGUUGUGAACGCUGUUUACGCCAUGGCUCUUGCCCUCCAUCAUAUGCAACGGAGCCUUUGCUCUAACACCAACGAUCUGUGUGACAGCAUGAAGGCACUUGAUGGGCGCAAACUCUACAGGGAUUACAUCCUCAAUGUCAGCUUCACAGCCCCUUUCUCUCCUCCAGGCAGUGAAACGUUAGUGAAAUUUGAUUCCCAGGGGGACGGCGUGGGCCGAUACAACAUCUUCAGCUACCAGCGCUCUGGCGAUCGUUACGGUUACGUGCCGGUAGGUGAAUGGGCAGAGAGUUUGACUUUGAGCAACGAUCUGAUUCACUGGCCAAGAGAAGUGGUGCCCACCUCGCAGUGCAGUGAUCCCUGUGAACGCAAUGAGAUGAAGAAAAUGCAGGCAGGUGAGUACUGCUGCUGGAUCUGCACAGCCUGUGAGCCUCAUGAAUACCUGGCUGAUGAAUUCACCUGCUCGCCCUGUGCCCCUGGCCAGUGGCCCACUGAAGACCUGACAGCCUGUUACGACCUUCCUGAGGACUACAUCAUGUGGGAAGAUGCCUGGGCCAUUGGUCCAAUUACGAUCGCCUGUGUAGGGUUCUUGUGCACCGGUCUUGUGUUCUGGGUGUUCAUCCGACACAACCACACACCGCUGGUGAAAGCUUCAGGCAUAGAGCUGUGUUACAUCCUCCUCUCAGGAGUCUUCAUGUCCUAUGCCAUGACAUUCCUCUUCUUGGCCAAACCUUCUCCUGCCAUCUGUGCCCUCCGGCGCCUCGGCCUGGGCACAUCGUUUGCUGUCUGCUACUCCGCCCUCCUCACCAAAACCAACCGAAUAGCCAGGAUUUUCAACGGCGUGAAAGACGGAGCAGGGGCAGUGAGACCACGCUUCAUUAGCCCAUCCUCUCAGGUGUUCAUCUGUUUAAGUUUAAUAUCCGUCCAGUUAGUGAUGGUGUCAGUUUGGCUGUUGCUGGAAGUUCCCGGGACACGGCGCUUCACGCUACCGGAGCGACGACAGACUGUCAUCCUCAAGUGUAACAUGCGUGACUCCAGCAUGCUGCUGUCACUGGGAUAUGAUGUGCUCCUGGUCAUCCUGUGUACUGUGUAUGCCUUCAAGACCAGAAAGUGCCCUGAGAACUUCAACGAGGCAAAGUUCAUUGGAUUCACCAUGUACACCACCUGUAUAAUAUGGCUGGCUUUUCUUCCUAUCUUCUAUGUUACAUCCAGUGACUACAGGGUUCAGACCACCACCAUGUGUAUCUCAGUGAGCCUGAGUGGCUUUGUGGUCCUGGGCUGCAUGUUUGCUCCCAAGGUCCAUAUCAUCAUGUUCCAGCCCCAGAAGAAUGUGACCAGCCACAGGCUUAACCUCAAUCGCUUCAGUGUCAGCGGGGCUGCCACCACAUACGCAUCUCAUGCUUCAGUCAGCGCCCACCCCGUCCCAACAGUGUGCAAUGGGAGAGAAAUUGUCGACUCCACUACUUCCUCUCUGUGACCACAUCCUAUCCUCUCUAAAUCAGCCCCUGCGACUGUUAGCCAAUCCAUGAACAUUGAUCCCCUUGACCGUCAUUCCCCUCCCCAUUCACACACACAAUAUACACUCAAAACACACACACACACAUAUGUAGACAUACACACAAACAGAGAAACAACCUUCCUUGUGGACUAGAACAGUAUUGUUUCAAAAAUGUAGAAAAUGUGUAACUAUAAUUAAAAUAUUUUCUAGGGAUGUACAUACAUGAAAUCAACAUUGUUGUAAGUAGAGAAACAAAAGAACAAAAAAAGUUUUUAGGAGGAAUUUUUGGAGCCUUUGUUUUUGAUAGCUUUGUUAUGAUGCCGUGUAAAUAGACAUGCGCUUAAACAUGGUAGGAGGGUUGUGUGUUCCUCAGUCUGGAUGCACAUUUGUGGCUUGGCUUGCCUCACCCGCAAUAUCCCACAGACUUUUUAUUCUCAUGCUUUUUUGUAGGUCUCAUUGUAAUAACCAAUUAUGUAUGCAUUUCUAUUGUGUAUCUGUACAUUUGUAUAUUAUACUACUGAUGGUUCGAACAGCACAAUAUUGACAGUCUUGUUACCCUAAAAUGAAAGUGGACAAAAGCAUAAGCUGGAUGGUAAAGGAUCCACCCAUCAAUUUACCCUUACUGGGGCAGAACCCAAUUUUCAGUUUGAUAAAUCAUCUGUUCACAUAUUGAUAGAUUUUCUUUGCAUCCUAGAUCUGUAUAAAGAAACAUUGUGGCUGUUUUUCAGGAAAAAUAUGUUUUGCUUUUGAUACAAAUGUUCAUUUUUCUAUUUCUAAUCAUAGAAUCCCUUUAUCUAAACGGCCAUAGUUCCAGACAUGUGUUCCCCAAGGCUACAGUGUGCGCACUCCCACUCUCAAACUGCCUGUUUCUUUGGAGGAUUGCUAUAAUGGAUUGCUAAUAGCAACUCAUAACAAGGCUAAAAAUGUUACAUCAAAUGCAUUUAUUUUGCCUCAAAACUGUCAACACAGACAGUGCUGCGAAAGUUCUGCCAACAAACACAAAUUGGUGUCUACCCAGUAAUUAUGAAUUUCUGCACAUGACUCAAACACUAAUGAGGGGAUUCUGUCUGCUUUGCCGAACACAUGUUGAAUUUUUCCGACUACAGGGGAGUGGUAGCUUAUGUUUUUGUGCCCUGUAGAUACAGUCUGUGGUGAUGUUUAAAAUAUGGCUAUGUGCCUUAAUGUAUGUUUGGUAGUGUUCAAAGUAGAGGUUGAAAAGUGAUCAGUUUCACAUUACCAGCUGCAAAUCCUUGUUUGGUAAAUGUAAAAGUGACCCCAGUAUAUUACAUGUUUCAGGCCAACACAAUGCCAGUUAGUUUAUUCCCUAGCGAGCCUUUCGCUAUUGAUUGUUUACCUGAAGUGUUAAAACAGUGAAUCUGAGAAAUCCUGCAGUUGAAAUGACUUUCUCUACCCCCCCCUCUUCUGUAGUCUGUGAUUAAAAAUCAUCAAAUGGACAUUUCUGAUGGACACCUAUCAAACUGAUUUUACAUUUUCACAGCUUAGCAGCUCCAGUGAAAGAAGGAAGGGGAAGUGAAAAGAUCAUACACCAUUUUGAUGAAGUCAUGACUUGUCGACUUAUUGAAGUGUGCAGUUUACAUCUCUGUGUUAAAUUUGUUGACGUUGAGAGGCGCAGUGGAGCAGCUGGCUGCGGCAAUCCCAGAGAGGCUCACGAGAGGAAGCAAAGCACACAAUGUCAGCUGCUGGCUGAUCCAAUCAUCUAACAAAAGGAUGUGAGGGUAGAACUCAUAUGCACAACAUACAUUACAAUUAUUAAAACAUCCCAUCAAACUCGAAAUAUGACAGACUCUCAGCUGGGUGACACUUGUGAGUUUGGUUCAGAUAAAUGGCAAAAACACGAAUGAAGUUUUUAAUGAGAAAAUCGAAAUCGUUUAAAUUAGUGGAAUAUUUUAGCACUAGCUACAUCGUCAUUUAUUUUAAAGGGUGGACUCAUGCAAGAAUGCAUUGCAUUUAGCAAAUUAUUAAUAAACAGAUUUUAAAUGGUUAAAUACUAUCAUAUGCUGUCUAAAAUAAAAUGUGACUGUUACACUUGAUAUUUCUAACAAAAUAUGUGACCAGAAUCACUUAUUUUCCACCCCAGACAGGCAUUUGAAGUGUAGUUUUUCCAUGUUGAAAUGUGUGUAAUGGCAGAACAUUCAUCUGUUGGCUGGUCUACACCUUCGCACAGCCGCUCUCCUACGGCUCCCUGUGAUUAUUACACUGAAUGAUAGAUUGAAAGAAUUUUAGAGGAUGCGCCAAGACGAGCCGACCUACAUUGGGGCGUGUGUGUGAGGUGCAGAGAGCGGGAGGAGAGUGUGAUGUGGCAGAGCAGAGGGGAGCUGCUGCUGGAUUAUGUAAAGCACUCCCACAGCCCAGAAGUCACAGCGCUUCUAUGGAAGCUCAAAGCAUCUCAGAGAUUCUGAGUCUUUGUUAGCAGAAGGCUUAGCCAUUCACUCAGUGGUCCUGCUCCCACAAGAUACACCCCGCAUGGCAGGUUGCUAUGGACAACCACCGCCACAUCCGCUGCCGGAAUGUCUAUUUGUCUGCAUGGAGAGGAGGGUGGAGGAAGGAAGGGUGAGGAGAGGGCGAAAGAAGAGGAAUAGAAAGAGUAAAAAUGGGUUGCUGGUUGUGAUUCAAAUUGGCAGUGACUAAUGGGAUUUGGCUCAGCAAGGCCCAGUACUCAACUCCCAGCUUUUAAUGGCAGCACAAAUACAGCACUUAACCCGGAUUCUCCUCACAUUUAGUCCAGACAACAGUCUCACACUCUUCCUCUGACCCUGUCUCUCUCAAGCCACCUCGGCCCUUGAACCUUUCCCCGCCACCUUGUUUCCCCGCUUCAUCUCCACUCUACAGUGUAUGUGAAACUUUGGUCUCAGCCAGGACCACCUAAAGCCAGACCAACAGAACGGUAACCCACACUUAAACUGAAGCACUUAGAUCCGGGUGCCCACCACUGCAGUGUAUGCCAAAGAGGCGGCCUUGAGGAGGUGGGAAAAGGGAUAAGGGGAAGGUAGAAGAUAAAGGCUUUAGAGACUGUAUGUGGAAAAGCAAAACGGACUCACACAAUAAGAAAAUGCAUCACUUUGGAAUACAUCACCUUUCUCACUCCACUGUACUCGUCUCAUAUACCGACCAACUCUCUGCAGAAGCUUCUUUAAUUCGGCAUGAAUAUCCUUUUGAUUGAGACAGCCCUCCACUACAGACAUUGUUUCUCUAUUCAGCCUCUGCCAACUGCCAUGUGCUCUACAAAGAUCUCUGUGCUGCAGCCCCCUGCUUUACAACAGAAUUCGUCCUUGGCCUCCGGGCUUUGAAACAGGACAAGAUUUUUGCGGCGAAAUGAAGCCGAGGUCAAACUGAAUCCUGAACUGGUCAAUCAAAGCAAUAGUUUUGUGUAUAUGAUACGUGCAAUAAAGAGGCUGUGAUGACAUCAAAAUAAUAACA